UCCAUUUUUAUUAAUGAAGUGUUGUGGAAGAUAUAAAUGUGUCAAAGCAGAUCUGCAGAUAGAUGGAGACUACGAAAAGGAGGUCAUCUGUAACAAAGACAAAGCGAGUUACAGCAUGAGUUUAUAAAGGUCGACUACAAAUUGUAGAUAAAACCUGCACUGGAUUAUGAACGACUUCUGCCCCUUCCAAUAUGGCGGACGCAUUGACGUGUCGGUGUCCAUAUUAAUAUCCGGUACAAAACACGAUACUGUUUAAAAAUAUAGAAUUGACAUGUUUUUUUAAUUAAAAUUAUUUCAUUAAAAUUAUUUUAACACUCGCGCCUCGUUAUAAUUAAUAACGAAUAAUUUAAUUAUUAAUUAUUAUUUUAUUUAAUACCUAAAUAAAUACACGAAACAUACGUCACCAUGUAGUUGAUUUUUAAAAUGCGUGACGUAACCAGGAGGCGUUCUAGAGGUAUUUAAAAUUAAACACGGCAACAAACAACAACAAUUUGGACUGCUAGUGGACUCUCGCUGCUUCAAAUCCACGAUUACUCUACCAAGAAGAUGAACUUCAGUAAGUUUCUUCCCAGCGCGAGCACUUUCCGGGGUGUGGCCUGCGCCGGCGGUCUGCUCGCGCUCGCCUCUGCGGGAUACUGGGCUUAUCACAGGCUGAAGAGGAGAAGCGGUCUGCCCGCUGCCGAUCCUCAACCUGCUCCAGGAGCUGUUGCUGAUGUGGAGGAAGUGGAGGAUGUCCAGGUCACUGAGCCGAUCCAGCAGCUCCCUCCCACUGAACUCCUCCCUCAGACGUCAGCUGUCGUCCUGUUUUCACGCCACAGUGGUGCCGGUGAUCUGCACAGCGCUCGGAGUAACGUCCGGUUUCUCACCUCCCACAUCUACGGCUCCCAGUUUCAGUCGGUGGAAGUGCGGAGGUAUUUCAUCCAGCCGUGGAGGUUUACCGUCACCGAGACCUCCUGCGUUCCUUUGGGAUCCUCGAACUCCACCGCAUGUGAGGAGUCUUUCACCAGCGUACAGCGAGUCUCUGGGAGCGUGAAAGAGCCGGAGUCCUGCCUUGGCGUGGAGACCGUCACCUCUGUGCCUCACGAGGACGGCGAGCAAACCUUUAAUCAGGGGAGAUGCUCUCACCUACCUGUGAGUGUGGAGGAUCAGGUGGACACGUCCCAUCUGGAGGAAGAGGAAAGAUCCCUCACUCCUCAUGCUGACUUGGAUAUUGAGUCAGAUUUUGAGGAAAGUGUGGAUGAUCUUUCUCCUGAGGAGAGCGAGGUACCCUUCAUCAGCGCACACCUCUGGCUCGAUGGAGUUACAGACGUUGCUCUGAAGCUGCCUGCCAUUCGCGAGGCGUUCUCUGGAAUGUUGGACUGCAUGCUCGUGCAGAACCUCCUGUACUUGUCAGGGAAGAAGAUUCUCAUGCGUCUGGCAGCAGCCAACAAAAAGGACGUGGACGGUGUUAAGCGGGCCUACGACUCCGUGAUCCGUUUCGUGAGAAAGCCGUCCAACUGGGAGUGGAUCGAGGCGGAGUUGCUCCAGGCUCAGCUGCACCAUUUCAGCUUCCUCGAUGUGUUCUUCGAGCUCGUCUUGUUCAGGUGCUUUAUACACAGCUCGCCGCCUCCAGCUUCGGAUGGAGGAUUAUUGCAGCCUCUGUUUUUAGCCAUCAGCCAGUGGGACGUGGAGGUCAGGGAGCCUGAGGCAGAGCGACUCUUUUUAAGGCUUUCUAAUAUACUGACAGUUCUGCUUGAGGACCUUUUCGAUCAGCCUCUGGAGCUUUACGGAGAUCCAGCAGCUUUAGCCUCCGCAGUGUUGAAGAUCGUGAAGCAGCGUGUCCAGGAAAUGAUGAAGACCAUAGAGAGAGUCUGAGCAACAUUCACACCCCUCUAACACACACACACACACACACACACACCUCUAUCCCUUUUGUCUUAAAGAGUGAUCAGGACACAAAUCUAUUAUUUGCUAUUGGAUCCUCAUCAGUAGAUUAAACUCUGUAUGUUUUGCUCAUUGGUAACAUAGAACUGUUUUUAUUCUCCAUUUAGUUUAAUCCUAGAUGAUUAUUAACUUAUUCAUAACUAACCAAAGUUUAAUAAACUAAUCCAUGUCCUGGUCACACUUUAAACACUCUUCUUUCUCUUGACAUGUUGCUUGAGCUCUCUGUAGGUAAGUAAAUAGUUAUUUCAGUGUUUGUUGUUAUUGUACAUUGACCUUUUAUUAUAUAUUUAAGAUUUAUUCUACAUUUUAUUAGAUAUUUAAGCU